GACCGGCUACAUCACAAGCUGAUUGGAUACAGCACAAACAGACCGGCUACAUCACAAGCUGAUUGGAUACAGCAACAGCAGACAGGGUACUUCACAAGCUGAUUGGAUACAGCAACAGCAGACAGGGAACUUCACAAGCUGAUUGGAUAGACACAGCUUUAUUCACUACCCCUUUGCCUGGCAGUGUGCUCAGUGCUCACCUGUGAAACACCUGGAGCUGACAUGGGCGGCUUGAUUAGCGACUAAACCCAGAUCCCGCCCAUCUAGGCUCCGGUGCACUUGGCAGCACCGGCCGACACUCUCAGCCCCGCACUGUAGCCUAAACACCUCACGGCUAACGGUUUGCGCCACACUCGUUACCCCACACAACCCGUAGUACUAUGCGCGGCUCAGUCUCCGAAGGGCCCACUUCCUGACCCUCUCCUUUUUUCCAUUCUCCACUCUUUUCAGCUUCUUUCAGCCGCCCCUUUACGUAUCUCUCUCUCUCAACCGUGCCCCUGCCCCAUUGAAUCGUUGCUGUUUACGUCGUGCACCGUUUCAAAUCUCUUACGCUGUCCUUUUGUGCCCCGGCCCGAAACUAUUCCAUAUUUUCCUCUUCGUCAUCUAGCCCUGCUGAAAGAUCCUUGGAAUUGCUGUCGGGUUUGUACGUGUUAAAUGAAAUCCUUUCUGGAAUCAGUCACCCGAUUCACCUAAAAGUACGUUUCUAGUCCUUAUUGUUUUCAGAUGUAUUCUUGUGCAUUCAGACAUCCGCUAAUAACCUUAGUAAUGGUGCAAGGACCUGCACAAAGACCUGCACUGGUGCAAAGACCUGCACUGUAUGAAACAUAGACUGUUGGACCUGCUCGUAGAUUCCUGCACAGUGGCUUUCAUAGAAUAAGCCUUCGUUCAUUCAGUUACAUCACUCGCCAUCGUCGUGGUACCUGUGCUUAUGUGGACAAUGGGAGCAGCAUAGGGUUGAGAUCAGGGGUACAGAGCUGAGUAGUGCAGCAUCACUGACACUGUGACCACUGUUGAACUACAACAGGGGGAUAUACAGGGGCGGGGCCACAGGGGCACUGACCCCAGCUGAAAGCUGAUGGGCCCCCUGAAUGCCCCCUCUCCUGUCACUCACCGACUCAAAGCCUAUCAUUGGAUAAUUAUAAGGUUGGCCCCUCUGUAUAAAUUAUGGCCCAUCUUGUGCUCCUCUCCGGAAAAAUACCCAGCAGCCCUGGAGAGAGUAUUAGCCAGUAACGGGACAGAAUCAAGGAGAUAAUUUUUCUGAUUGGCUGCUUCAAUUUAAAAAGUUUUCGAGGCUCUUAGAGGUUGUCCAAUUAUACAACUCAAGAUCAGAAGGGAAAAAGAUACAUAAAUAUGAAACUGCAUGAAUGUCACCCAAGUCGAAUAUCAUAACGGUGACACAGCGAGGCCGUCUGCGCAGAGACGUUCUGAGCAUGCUCCUCACGUGCGUUUGUCUGGCAGACAUCGACGAGUGCAGCAUCAACAACGGAAGCUGCGAGCACAGCUGCCUGAACACCCAGGGCAGCUACGAGUGCGUGUGUCUGCCCGGGAAGAGGCUGCACUGGAAUAAGAAAGACUGUGUCGAGGCGGUGAAGUGUCUCCCCAAUGGAAAGCCCACCCCCAAAGCCCAACUGAGCUGCAUCAAAACGGGAGGAGUAGAGACGUGCUCGCUCUCCUGCCCUUCCAACGCCCUCUUCGUUGCAGACUCCGAGAACAGCUACUCCCUCAGCUGCGGGGUCCCCGUGCAGCCUGGGAAAGCGCCGCAGAAGAGGAACACGACCUCUGCCAUACUGAGCUGUGCAG